CGUGAGAGUGAAUGGGAGUCACUUCGUGCGGUGUCAAGAAGCAGAGGGGAAAGUAGAAAAUGAGAGUCUGAGAGUGAACGGAGGUGAAGGAAUACGAUGUGAGAGAACUGGGGCCGUGUAAGGAGAAGUUAAGGAAUUGUGGCAAUAUGAGGCCCAGCGUGAAUGAAGGGUAGUAGAUGAGAGGCAGCGUAAGUGAAUGGGGGGGGCUGAAAGCUGGAAUAAGAAUGGAGGGGGAACAGUAGUGAGGGCGCUUCUCUGUGUCACGUGUCAUGUAUAAUAUGUAAUGGAGGGCAGAGUGUGACUGAAUGGGGCAAACGGGGGCCCAAUUCCAGGAAACUGGGGUGGAACAGUGUGUAGUAAGUGAAGUGAAGGAGGUGCCAAGAAUGGGUCAAUGGAGGUAACGAGGGGCAGAAGGUGAGGGCGUGGUGGCCAUAUUGUGCAGAGUGUGAGAAAUCGUGGUGGUAGUAGGCACAGUGCAGUGAACAGAGCUGACCGCUGAGCAGAGUGGGGGGAAUGGAGGUGACAAGGGGGCAGAGUGAGUGGACAUGGAGGGAACCAAGUGGUAGAGCAUGAUUAAAACCAGUGGAGUGGCACCGUGUCAAGGGAAGUGGGGGAAUGUGGGCUGAUCGUGAGGCCCAGGGCCUGAGUCCUGUCUGUCUCUGUGUCUCCAGCCCCUCUCUUCCUGCAUCUCUUUCUGACAUUUCAGGGUUUCUCCCUGGUUUUGCCUCCUGCCAUCUUUGUGUAUAGGUCAGUAUCUUUCUUCUUCCUUGUGUGUCCAUCUCUAACAGAGGUGGCGCUGGGAAAGAUAGUGAGGUGUCCAGCCCUCUGGCUUCCGUGUUCCAGAAUCUAUUACAUGGUAUUUGCUCAUAGAGCCCAGACUUCCAGAAUGCCCCUAGUUCUGAAGAGGGUGGCGUGAGUCUGGAGCAAAGAGUUGGCUAGGAGGGCCUACGGGUGUUAUAAUGCAGACCUGGGUCACUGUGGCGGUGACCCUGGCCACACUGAUGGUCGCCAUCAUGGAUGCAAAGAUCUACGAACGCUGUGAACUGGCAAUGAAGCUGGAAAGAGCGGGCCUCAAUGGCUUCAAGGGCUACAGCAUUGGAGACUGGCUCUGCAUGGCACACUAUGAGAGUGGCUUUGACACCUCCCUCGUGGACCACAAUCCCGACGGCAGCAGUGAAUACGGCAUUUUCCAGCUGAGCUCCGCCUGGUGGUGUAACAAUGGUGUUACACCCACCCAAAACCUCUGUCACAUGGAGUGUCGAGACCUGCUCAACCACCAUAUUCUGGAUGAUAUCUUGUGUGCCAGGCAGGUGGUGUCCUCAGAGAAUGGUAUGACUGCUUGGGAUUCAUGGACCCGGCACUGUUCUGGCCACGAUUUAUCUGAAUGGCUCAAGGGAUGUAAUAUGCAUGCCAAACCUGAUGCCAAGAAAAUUAAUAAUUCAUGACUCAGUUUCCCAGAAGUAGAGAUUUUUCUCUUCCUUUCUCUCUUUCUUCUGUGGAUUUAAUAAAGGAUGGUAUCUAUAAACAA